UUAACACCACAGAGAAAAAGUGAGGUUUUCUUCUCACCUAGCACACACUUUGCACAUACUAAAAUCAAGAAUUUCUGAGAGUUUUUCGAUUUUUGUCUUUCUUUUCAAUUUGAUUUCAACAAUAUUUUCUUUCCCCACCCCCCCCUCUGGAUCACCCCGCUUCUUUGAUCCCUUUCUGCGAACAAUCUGUCUUUCGAGUUUACAGGUUUGUUUUACUGGUUUGAUUUUCUUAUGAACAAAAAGCAAACUUAGAGCAAGAUUAUCAGAAAGCCAGGUGUUUUCAGAUCGAGAUCUUUUUAUUUUUAUUUUUUCUGAUUCGUUUCUUGGCUGUAUUUUACUUAGCCACAGGAUCUGAGAGGUUGUUUAUUUGUAGACCUCUUUUAAUCCGCUUUUCUAAGUCACAAAAAAAUCACCUUUUUUAUUGUUAAUAUUUUUCUGUAAAAACACAACCUGUGUUCUUUGAUUUUAUUAAGAAACAGGUAACUUUUUUUUUUCCACCCUAGUAUGGCAGUUGCAAUGGAUUUUUGGAGUAGCAGUGCGUCAGUUGUAGAUCCCUUUAGAGGUGGUGAAUUAAUGGAAGCACUUGAACCUUUUAUGAAAAGUGCUUCCUCCACUUCUCUUUCUCCUCCUUCCAAUCUACCUUCUUCCUCCUCCUCCUUUUCUUCUUCUCCUUCUACCUCCAGUUCUUAUCCCUUCAAUUCUUGCUAUUACCCAGUAGAGUCAAAUUUCCAGCCCAAUUUGAACUUGGAUAGUGGGAACUUUGUGUAUCAACAGCCUUGUUCAAUUGGGCUCAACCACCUUACCCAAGCCCAGAUCCAAGAAAUCCAAGCACGGAUCAAUCUCCAAAACCAGCAACAAAUGGUCUCAGGCCCAUUUAACACACAGGCCCAUAACAUGAACUUCUUGGGCCCAAAGCCUGUUCCCAUGAAACAAGUGGGCUCUCCUCCUAAGCCCACCAAGCUUUACAGAGGAGUGAGGCAGCGCCACUGGGGGAAGUGGGUCGCUGAGAUCCGUUUGCCAAAGAACCGCACCCGGCUUUGGCUUGGCACCUUCGACACGGCGGAGGAGGCGGCGUUGGCCUACGACAAGGCGGCGUAUAAGCUGCGUGGAGACUUUGCUAGGCUGAACUUCCCUCACCUCCGCCACAACGGAUCCCACAUCGGCGGCGAGUUUGGGGAGUACAAGCCCCUUCAUGCCUCCGUUGACGCCAAAUUGCAGUCUAUUUGCCAAAAUCUUGCAGAGGGCAAGAGCAUCGACUCCAAGAAGUCCAAAGGAAGGUCCAAAAAAUCGUCACCAGCCGUGGAGGCCCCUGCAGAGGAAAGUUCCACCAAGAAUGUUGUUGAACCUGCGUCCGAGAGUGAUGGGUCGGGUGGGUCAUCACCGGUCUCGGAUCUUACAUUCCUGGAGUUCACAGAGGAGGAUUCGCCGUGGGACAUGAAUUCACUGGAGAAAUACCCAUCAUAUGAAAUCGAUUGGUCGGCUUUAUAAAUCUAUUAUGUGUAGUAAUUUAUGUCGGUCUCUUUGUAAUUGUUGUGUAAUAGGUGUUUGUCUGUCCGUCUUAAGGUUGAGCUCCGGCAGUGGAGUUUUAGGCAAUUGCAGAACUUAACCUUACUAUUAUUAGUUUUGAUUCAGUUCAACUGGUUAGCUAUUUUUUUGUUUAUUUUAUUUUAUUUUAUUUUAUUUGGGGUUAAACGUUGCCUGCUUGAGAGAAAGAACUCUGAUUCAUGUUUCCUU